GUCCGGGCGCGCAACUUUGCAGAACCUCUCCGCCGCGUCCCUCCCCACCUCAGUCUCCUCUUUCCUCUCCCAGGCGAGAGGACCAGCGGAGGCACCUCUCCCGGGUCUUAGACUGCAGAGUCUGAGACUUAGAGAGAGGAGCCGAGGCGGAGGGAGACUUUUUCUCCUUUUUUCCCCAUCCCUUCUUCUUGCUCGGACAGGCAAGCAGGGGCGCGGAGCUUUAGAAAGUUGAGCGGUCAGGUAGGUAGGUGCUUCCCCUUUUCCCCCCACACCGAGGUGGGGCUGGGACCUCCGGACCCAGCUUCUCACCCUCGUGGGGUGCACCUUUUUCGGCUCUAGCAGCCAAUGCGCAUCGGAGCCGCUCUCUGCAGAGCCAGAGGGCGGGUGGUCUUCUCGGUGUGCGCCUAAGAGAAUGGAUCGUAGGUCCCGGGCUCAGCAGUGGCGCCGAGCUCGCCACAACUACAACGAUCUGUGCCCACCCAUCGGCCGCCGGGCAGCCACCGCGCUCCUCUGGCUCUCCUGCUCCAUCGCGCUCCUCCGCGCCCUUGCCACCUCCAACGCCCGCGCCCAGCAGCGCGCGGCCGCCCAGCAGCGCCGGAGCUUCCUUAACGCCCACCACCGCUCCGCCGCCCAGGUGUUCCCCGAGCCCCCCGAAUCUGACCACGAGCACGAAGAGGGAGACCUCGAGCUGUCCCUCCCCGAGUGCCUAGAGUACGAGGAAGAGUUUGACUACGAAUCUGAGACCGAGACCGAGACCGAGUCUGAAAUCGAAUCCGAGACCGACUUCGAGACCGAGCCUGAGACCGCCCCCGCCACUGAGCCCGAGACAGAGCCAGAAGACGAGCGCGGCCCCGUGGUGCCAAAGCACACCACCUUCGGCCAAUCUCUCACCGAGCGUCUGAACGCUCUGAGAUUGCGGAGCCCCGACGCCUCCCCGAGUCGCGCGCAGCCCAGCACUCAGGAGCCCCAGAACCCCAGACAGGGGGAGGAGCCCGAGCCCAAGCCCGAGGACAAGGAUCCGAGGGACCCCGAAGAAUCCGAGGAGCCAAAGGAGAAGAAGCAGCAGCGCCGCUGCAAGCCGAAGAAGCCCACCCGCCGCGACCCAUCCCCGGAGUCUCCUUCCAAAAGGGGACCCAUCCCCAUCCGGCGUCACUAAUGGAGGACGCCGUCCAGAUUCUCCUUGUUUUCUUUGAU